CUGGAGUAGAGGAAGGUCAUCUGAUCUUUGAUAACUUGAAGAAAUCCAUUGCUUAUACCCUCACCAGUAACAUUCCUGAGAUUACCCCCCUUCCUGAUAUUUAUUAUUGCAAACAUUCCACUCCCUCUGGGGACCGUCACCAUCCUCUGCAUCGACUUGGGAACGGACAUGGUCCCUGCCAUCUCCCUGGCUUAUGAGCAGGCUGAGAGCGACAUCAUGAAGAGACAGCCCAGAAACCCCCAGACAGACAAACUCAUGAAUGAGCGGCUAAUCAGCAUGGCCUACGGACAGAUUGGUAUGAUCCAGGCCCUGGGGGGCUUCUUCACUUACUUUGUGAUCAUGGCUGAGAACGGCUUCCUCCCAAAUCACCUGCUGGGCAUCCGAGUGACCUGGGAUGACCGUUGGAUCAACGACGUGGAGGACAGCUAUGGGCAGCAGUGGACCUAUGAGCAGAGGAAGAUCGUGGAGUUCACCUGCCACACGGCCUUCUUUGUCAGUAUCGUGGUGGUGCAGUGGGCUGACUUGGUCAUCUGCAAGACCAGGAGGAAUUCCGUCUUCCAGCAGGGGAUGAAGAACAAGAUCUUAAUAUUUGGCCUCUUCGAAGAGACAGCCCUUGCUGCUUUCCUUUCCUACUGUCCUGGAAUGGGUGUCGCCCUGAGGAUGUAUCCCCUCAAACCUACCUGGUGGUUCUGUGCCUUCCCCUACUCUCUCCUCAUCUUUGUGUAUGACGAAGUCCGAAAGCUCAUCAUCAGGCGACGCCCUGGCGGUUGGGUGGAGAAGGAGACCUACUACUAGACCCCCUCCUGCACGCCGUGGAGCAUCAUGCCACCAACUCCGCACCCACCACCCACCUCCUCUUUGUGUACUUCAGUCUUGGAAUUCGGAAUUCCACCCUGGUAGGAAAGCACCGAAACAUGUGGGGAAGCGAGCCAUCCCGGAAUGAAGCAUGUAGCUCUAUGGGGUGGGGAGGGCUGCCCGAGAAACAUCCGUCUGUGGAAACGACCGUGGGGAAGGUUUUUAUGUGCCUUUUUGUUUUUGUAAAAUGGAAAACUCGGAAAGACUGAAAGAAUACAUUUUAUAUCUGGAUUUUUACAAAUAAAGAUGGCUAUUAUAAUGGAAAAAAA